AUGUGACCCAUCGUCUGAGCAGCGUGGGAGAGUUUUAUCUGAAAGUAUAUUUCCUUCUCAAACUUCAGCUUUUACGUUCAGCUCCCAAACACUGCUGGCUUAUGAUACACACACACACACACACACACACACACACAUAUAUAUGGGUUGCCAACUCUCACGCAUUUGGUGUGAGAUGCUUCCAGGCUCCGUCUCACGCUCUCUCCCUGUCCAUGUGAAUCUCACACCAGCUGUGAUAUCAAAACAAAAGGUGCAUUCACGCCAUGUUUUAGCCUAAUACCUUAAUUAUGAGAUAUCACCUUGUAGAACUCGUAAUUACAACUGGGAGUUGUGAACUUGGCUCAUUAGGCGUUAUGUUUAGGCAUUGAUAGUGUGAGGGUUCAGUUGCUGUCAGCUCUCUGCACUUCUCAGUCUACUAACUAGUAGACAGGGAGGAGGAGAGCAGUGGUCAUGGACCCUGUGUUACGGACUCUGGAGCUGCUGGGUGUGUUUUUCUCGCUGGCCGCCUGCUUGUGUUCGCUGGUCACCCUCAUGAUGCCGCAGUGGCUCACACUGUCCACCGAGCUCCUGCCCACUGAGAGCUUCCAGCUGGGAUUGUGGGAAACCUGCGUGGUUCAGGAUCUGGGGAUGAUCGAGUGCCUGCCGUACAACACUCUUCUGGGUCUCCCGUCGGACAUCCGGCUGGCACGAAUCCUGAUGUGCACCACUGUGGCGACGGGUUUAAUCGGCGGGUUAUUCUCCAUCCCGGGCAUCGACCUGGUGAACGGCUGCAGACGCACGGAGAGCUUCAAAGCUAAAAGGACCUUGAAGAUGCUCGGCGGGAUCUUCAGCGUCGUCGCAGGUGUCCUCGGUUUCGUGCCUGUCUCGUAUGUGGCACACCUGACGGUUCUCCGGUUCUUCGACGAGAGCGUGCCAAGCGUGGUUCCUCGUUGGGAGUUCGGAGAUGCGCUUUUUCUCGGAUGGACGGCUGGGUUUUUGCAUUUGGUGGCUGGUUUCUUGUUGGUCACUUCGUGCUUGUUUAUGCAAGACGAAACGUGUCCGCUACACCGAUCUAUAGCGCUAUACAGAGCUCAGAUGACGCGUCCAGAACGCUCUCCACACGGGAGAACAGAAUAUGUGUGAGAUUUUUGAGAAAUGCACAGUUUGCUUCAACUAAUCUGUUGCGUUUUGCACUGAAAUUAUCAUAUGUAUUCGAAGAUUGUAAAUAUAAUGCUGCUGUUUUUGGUUGUUGGGCAGAUUAGACUUCAUAUUUUUUGAUUACAAAUCAUUUUGUGAAUCAUUUUAUAAGCUCAUUUUAUAAUGUGAAUGUGAUUCUAAUGAAACCACACAGUUUGCCAAUUGUGGAAAUAAAUGAUGCAAACU